AUGACAAACACACCUUUCUCUUUCGGUUUUUUGUUCUUCUCUCUUUUCAUACCUACCCUUGUUUCCUCGUCACCUCUCCAAAACCCUGAAUUGGUUGUCCAAGAAGUAAACAGGAAAAUUAAUGCCUCUGCAACUAGGAGAAAUUUAGGGUACCUAUCUUGUGGAAGUGGAAACCCUAUUGAUGAUUGUUGGAGAUGUGACUCGAAUUGGGAGAAAAACAGACAAAGGCUAGCAGAUUGUGCAAUUGGGUUCGGCAAAAACGCCAUGGGUGGAAAAAACGGUAAGAUGUACGUUGUAACCGACUCGGGCGACGACAAUCCGGUGAGUCCAACGCCGGGAACACUCCGUCACGCAGUGAUCCAAGAGGAACCAUUAUGGAUAAUCUUCGCGAGAGACAUGGUGAUAAAAUUAAAAGAAGAAUUAAUCAUGAACUCUUUCAAAACAAUUGAUGGGAGAGGUGCUAGUGUCCACAUUGCUGGUGGUCCAUGCAUUACUAUACAAUUUGUGACUAAUAUUAUCAUACAUGGAAUAAAUAUACAUGAUUGUAAACAAGGUGGGAAUGCUAUGGUGAGGGACUCCCCACGGCAUUUCGGGUGGAGGACGAUAUCGGACGGCGACGGUGUGUCGAUUUUUGGUGGAAGUCAUGUUUGGAUUGAUCAUUGUUCUUUGUCUAAUUGUGAAGAUGGUUUGAUUGAUGCUAUUUAUGGAUCCACUGAUAUAACAAUUUCUAACAAUUAUAUGACACACCAUGAUAAGGUCAUGUUGUUGGGUCAUAGUGAUUCCUAUGUUAAAGAUAAAAAUAUGCAAGUUACGAUUGCUUUUAACCACUUUGGCGAAGGUCUUGUUCAAAGAAUGCCAAGGUGUAGACUAGGAUAUUUCCAUGUGGUGAACAAUGACUAUACUCACUGGGAAAUGUAUGCUAUUGGAGGAAGUGCAAAUCCCACCAUAAACAGCCAAGGCAACAGAUUUGUUGCACCCGAUGCUCGAUUCAGCAAAGAGGUAACAAAGUAUGAAGAUGCAGAAGAGAGUGAAUGGAAGAAUUGGAACUGGAGAUCAGAAGGAGACUUAAUGUUAAAUGGUGCAUUUUUCACUCCUUCUGGUGGUGGAACUUCAUCUAGCUAUGCAAGAGCUUCUAGUUUAAGUGCAAGACCAUCUUCUCUUGUGGGUUCCAUUACUAUUGCUUCUGGAACACUUAACUGUAAGAAAGGUUCACCUUGCUAG